AUUACUAAAUCGGCCGGUUUAGAAAUCCCUCCUCUACCUUCACCAAACCACUGGUGGUGUUAUCGCCGGCGUUCUGCAAGAAGAAGAGUAUCACCGGAAGUAGAAACAGAGGAAAAUGUACGGAGACGCUACAAAUUGGAAUGAAGAUGAGUAUAGAGAAGCAAUACUGAAGGAGCGAGAGAUACAGACGCGUACAGUAUUCAGAACCGCCUGGGCUCCUCCUGUUCCGGCGAGAAUCCCUAAUCCGGACGCCUUUGUCGUUGCUUCCAGCGAUGGAACCUUAGCUUUUCAUUCUCUGAACUCGCUUGUUUCUCAAUCGGCGAGUUUUGGCUACUCGAAAGGUCAGGAUGUUAUGGUGGCUGAACCUGAGAGAGUGGUUAGGGCACACGAUGGCCCUGCUUAUGAUGUCAAGUUCUACGGUGAAGACGAAGAUGCUUUGCUCCUCAGUUGUGGUGAUGAUGGUAGAGUUCGAGGAUGGAGAUGGAAAGAAUUUGCUGAAUCAGAAGCAUCACUUCAUUUGGAAGAGAAUCAUGCGAAGCCAUUGAUUGAAUUGACUAAUCCACAACACAAUCUCUUGAUCCAGAUAUUGACGGGUUCAGAGGAUGGGACUGCAAGAAUCUGGGAUUGCAAAACCGGGAAAUGCAUUAGAGUAAUUGGUUCCCAGGAUAAAAAGUCCGGCCUUCACAUUAGUUCUAUUGCCCUCGAUGGAAGUGAAAGCUGGUUGGUUUGUGGACAGGGUAAAAGUUUAGCUUUAUGGAAUCUUCCUGCCUCAGAAUGCGUAUCAACGAUAUCCAUCCCUGCACAUGUACAGGAUGUGAUGUUUGAUGAAAAGCAAAUUUUGACUGUAGGAGCAGAGCCACUUCUAAGGCGUUUUGACUUAAAUGGAGCUUUGCUUUCUCAAAUUCACUGUGCUCCUUGUUCAGUAUUUUCCAUUUCCAUGCAUCCAGCAGGGGUAGUUGCUGUGGGAGGUUAUGGAGGUCUUGUUGAUGUCAUCUCUCAAUUUGGAAGUCAUCUCUGCACAUUCCGUAGCAGCUCAUUGUAAAACUCCUUACCAUUUCUCGGUUUUGGCUCAAUACUUAGGUUCCUGCUUCUGAAAAAGAGUUCAAGAUCCCGUUUCACAUAUGUUCAGAAGGUUGAGGAAUGGGGAGGCGGUCUUUUGGUUCAGUUCGGUUUGAUUUGACUAUGGUAGCAGUUGUUUGGUUCAAUGUAAUUGGUUUGUUCAAAUUGAGAAAGAAGCAGAGGGAGAAAUUCACUUAGACUGCCUUAUACUAACGUUGUGGCGCCAGUAUAUUAUUGUAUGUAUACAAGCUAUAUAUAUUGUAUUACCUUAAAAAGUUAAAUUUUGGGGG